AUGUCUUCCCAGACGAUUCGCCUGCGUCUUGUCAUCCGCAGACAUUCCGUCCCAGAAGUCAAGCUCGUUUGGCCCUGCAUCGCAAACGAGGACCUCACCGUUUCGAAGCUCCUCGCACUCGUCAACGAAGUUGUCCCGCUCGAGAGUAGAGAUUGGGGUCUAGAGGAUUAUGUCGUUGAGCUAGCCGAUGGCAAGGGCGAUAGUUUCGAGCUGCUACAUUUUCAACCCGUCGGCAAAGUUUUGAAGGAGGAUGACCAAGUUUUAAUUAGAUCACUUUCUACAGGCGACCUGAAGAGGAGAAGACUCAGUGGACGACAUCAAAUAUCCCUUGACGGAAAACAUCUUAUCGAUGGAUUGGCUUUUGGUAGGCCUUGGUUAAGGGCGCCGCGCGACCGUCCAGCACUCGACCUGCCCCCGCGAAAACGAGCACGCAUCACAUACGAAGAAGAACUAGAGGAAGAAGAGGAAGAUCCCAGCGAGGAAGACUCUAGCGAAGAAGAUUACACUGAGGAGGAUUCCGGCGAUGAAGAAGAUCCGUCAAAGCAGCUCUUGCUCAAAAAUACUCCCUCAACCGAAAACCGGGAAAAGCCAGGCAGUGUGCGUCUGCGAGUAAGAUUUAUAGACACCGACCAACUUGGAGAGGAGGAUGAUGAUGAGGUCAAUGGUGAUACCGGUUCCCGACCUGUGGAAGAUGGGCAAGCAGAACCCGAGAGUGACGACGAAGAUUCCGAGACUAGCGACGAGGAUGAGGAUGAGCCAGACGUCGAUCUUGCCGAUGAGUUGAGGACCCUACAAGCAGAUAAUGCCUUGAUUGAGCACGCGCCUCCAGAGAAGGAGUGGACCUCUCUUCUCGAGAACAACCGCCAAGACGCACAGGCACAUCUAUCCGCACCUGUAAUUGAUAUUUCGAUGCUCGACAAGAUUACAGCACUACGAGCCGCAUUUCCUUUCACAUCUCUGUCGAAUGUGCAAGAUGCUCUGCAAAAAAACGAUAACGAUUUGAAGAAGACGUACCAGGUCCUUAGUAAAACCAACAACCCAAUAGUCAGCUGUGACGAGGUUUUGGGGCUUGCUAUUCUUGGCUUUACUUUCAAUUCCAGCGAACCCAAUUCCAAACAGCCUUCGGAACAUCACAACUCGGACAACGAAGAUGAAGAAGAGGUGGAAACACAGACACUACGACUCCCUGGACAGUCUGAAGCCACGAACGCGAAACGACCAUUGAUUCAGGAGGUCAACGACGAAGAGCCCCCUUCUGCUGCACCAAGGGAAGCAAAGAUGCGAUCAGAUAUGAACACCAUCUCAGGCGGUUUGGAUGAAGUAGAUGACACUUCGAGCUCUUCUGACACUUCGGACUCUGAUUCCGACUCUGAAUCUGAUGAAGAUUCGUACAAGGGCCCAGAACAAGAUUCAGAUUCGGAUAGCGACUCCUCGGAAUCGGAAGAUGAAUUGAUGGAUGAUGCAGAUAAUUCCACAAAACAGUCGCUCGGCCCGGCCCCCAGAGAUGCAAGCUCGAGUGACAGUUCUGAUUCGGACUCAGAUUCGGACUCUAGUUCUGAAUGGAGCAAUGAUGCUGGAGGUGCGAAAGUCUCGACGGCGCGAAACUCUGAUGGUAGUAGUGACAGCGGCAGCUCAAGCGACUCCGACUCCAGCUCAAGUGAAUCUGAUUCGGAGUCUGAGCCUGAGGAGCUUUCCUCAAAAAAGCAGCCUCAGGUAAAGCAAUCGCAAAUACCUGCAGCGAAGACUGAAAGCCAAGCUCCAAACUCGACUCCAGGGCGCACCGAAGAUACAAAGCCGCCUGGCGCUGGGUUGACCAGGACCAAGAGGAGGAAUGCCAGAAGGCGUGAUCUCAAGCGAGUGAGAGCUAUGCAAGCCUUGGAAGACACUCAAUCUCCACCGUCUACCAACGAAGCGCCCAGCGAAGAUGCUGAAUUUCUCGCCCGAAAGCGUGCCCUCCUGAGUGUCGUUAGCGACGAGAGCGAAGAUGUUCCAAGCCCUCCGAAAGUAACAUCAGCCACUGCUCCCCCUCCUAUGAUUGUCGAAGUUGAAACAGAGGAAGUAUCGGCGCCUACGACAACACAAGAUGCAGCUCCGGCUGAGGAACCUGCUCCUCAGCGUCGCCACAAAGUCGACAUGGGAGCCGGACGGCGAAUGUUAUUUGGUGCUCUUGGGCUGAAGAACCCCAAGUCCAAAGCUGACGAGGUUAAACUCCGCAACAGCUUAAUGAAGGAUGUGAAGCCGCUGCAAAACCCUCGAGUUCAAGUUGUGGAACCAAAGGCUAACGAGGCCGAACCACCAGCAGAGCAAGAGGACGAAGACCCUGAAGCGUGGCGAAAGAAGAUCUCAUACCGAGCAGUUGAGUGCUGCCAGGAAGAUGUUACUUUGAGCGAACCGCCAUUCCCGUUUGUACAACGGUGGGAUCCCCAACAACAGUACACGUCCGUGAGGAAGCGAAAGAGGGCUUCACAAGACUUUAACGAUGAGAAAUACUAUGGAGAAGACUACCAUGGAGGAGACUACCAAUGGAACGGCGAUGAAGAGUGGCAAGAUGACUCCCAAAAGAAGAAGAAAAAGUCCAAGAAGCGUAAAGGAAAGGGAGGGUACGACGAAGCAUACGAUGGAAUGGAGAUUACCGAAGAUUUCUAUGCUGAAACAGGAGGCAAUGGCGAUGAGGAUGUCGUGUUGAAUUAUGAUGACAUCCCGACCAGCAAACCUCGUCACCAGGACACCCAGUUCGCAGAGAUGGACGACCUCCCUUCACUGCCUUCAGACCUCACUACUCUUCCCAGUCUCGUACUGUCUGAGGUCAAGCCGGGCAUGGUCAUUACCUGGAAGCAACUGCUCAUGUCAAAAGCGACAAAGUGGCAGCCCGAAAUGGUAUCGACGACUGGGCUCAUCUUGUCAAUCAGCGAAGACAAUCAUCUUCAUGUCCUGUUGGCUAAGAGAGACAGAGACGAAGAUGAUAAAGAAUAUGAUGAACACACAGGCCAACGGGUUUAUGCAAAGUUCGAGGUGCCAGACUUUGAUGAAGAUGAGGACAGCGAUGAGGACAACGGUCGAAGAGACAUUACCUGGGAAGAAAUGUCCGACCCAAGAUUGGUUCAGCAAGCACCGCCAACCGACUCUUCAGAAACGAUUGCCAAGGGUACGGAGCUCCCAACUGAAUCUACUAAGCCCGUACAGGACGCAACGGCGAAUACCAAGGUUAGCGUGAGAACAUACCCUGAUGAGACUAUGGCUGAGGAGUUAGAUACACAGAAAGUGAGAGCGGAUAUUGCGGCCGAUUUGAAGGAACAAGAGGCUACGAACAAGCCCUCAGGAACCGAUAUUCCUUCUGGCCAACAGCCACCGCGGCUCGAGUUUACGGGAGAAAACAGUCAGAUCAGCAGUUUUAUUCCACCACCGAUGGAGACGCCGAGUGAUGUGACUAACAGUCCCACACGCCAACUACAAGAAACAAUGCAAUCAGUUGCUGGAGAGAAUUUACCUUUACACGAUUUGGAGGAAAGAAGUAAUGUGGAGGGAAAGAAGGGAGUUAAUUCAGAUGACAUGAACGGAGCAGAUGAUGCAAAAGAUCUGGACGAGCCGAUGCCAACAGUUGAGGAUGGCUGGGAUGUAACUGUUCCUGACAGUAUACCGACACCAGAACUUCCAGCACUUCCCGCCAAAGAUGACGUGCCUAUGGAUCACCGUCUUAGGGUGCCGUCGUCUGUAGGCAGCGUUCGCAGUGGAAGACAGCCACCAUCAAUCAGUGGCCUUGAAGAUCUCCCAGAAGAGCGUGUUGAGGAUUCAAUUAUGGACAAUGACAAAAGAGCACCAAGCCCUCAGCUUUCAAUUGUUUCGGUGAGGAGUAGCAGUCCUUUUCCUUCCUUGGAAGAGCUAUUCCAAACGGUGAGGCAGACUCAGAGCCCAGCAAAGUUUUCACAACCGUCUGUUCCUCGGUAUGUGAAGACCGAACAACACGACGUCGAGUAUGAGGAAGCGAUGCGAAAAUUGGAUGAAGGGGAGGACGAGAACGAUCGUCCAAAUCUUCGCAACAAAUCUUUGCGUAGUCUAUUGUCGCGUGCGCCACAAGAGAAGAGUGCUUUGCAGCACCCAAUCAAAACUGAGGCGUCGCAAACCAACGCUGUCAAACUUGAGCAGGAAGCAUCGUCACUUUCACAGGGGCUUAAAAAAGAAUUACAGCGUAUAGAAUUCCCGCCUCUGAAACAAAAAGGCGACCAGGCUAUCGAACUGAGCUCUAGCCCACCAUCUGUGCAGUAUACCGAACACUAUGCCCAAGAUAGCGAGGACGAUACUUAUCAUGAAAGUCCUCUGCCACAAGGUGAAAGUUGGGUGCAGAAGAAUUAUAGCGAAGUUACGACGCGAAGCCGAGGUAAAAUUCUUCCAGCGACAGCGGCACUAGCUGUUGACAAGACGACUACUGCUACACAAAGUCGGACUGCGCGUGGACGAACAUGUCUCCCACCGGUUCGAGAUGUGACUGCUAGUGCUUUCAGUCAGAUCAGAGGACGUAGGAAGCCAACCCGCAAAUUCUGA